CAUUACAAGCUGUAUGACAACGACCUCGUGCUCUGAGCAGUUGAGAGUCUUCUUUGACCAGUCCGAUGUCAACGCUCCUUCUUCUGCACGGGCGCUUCAUUUAUUCCCGUUCAUGGACACUACUGACGACUACUACUAUGCUGCUCAGCGCUGAUUCUCUUUGACCAGCGGACUAAGAAUGUCAGAGCUUGCGGGACUGAGCGCGGAGGAGGCUGCCCUUAUUAAUGACGUGCUGACGCGGCUUAGCAUUGGUCAUAACGCACAAGCGGUGCCUGGUUUGCGGGCACCACAUGUAUCGCAACAUAGUGCCGACCCAGAGCUGGCCGAACUGGAGCUCGCAGAGCAGGCAAUAGAGCAGGAGCUGCGGGGCCUAGAUAACGGCACAGCUCCUUCAUCUGCCCGCGCUUCCUUAGCAGCACUCUCAACCUACCCGUACGGUGGCGCACAGCAGCCGCCAGCUGGUGUCUUCGCGGGAGCGGGGGCGCAUCGCUCAACGCUGCCAUACAGCAGCCCCAGGGAUCACGUUGUGGCCGGGGUGUCGGCGGGUGGGGGCCUGGCCGCGCCAGGGCCAAACACAGCAGGCGGCGCACAGCUCCCGCAGCCCUCAGACUAUGGGUCUGCUUCCUACGGUGGCGUUGGGGUCACCAGCAGUCGCCAAGCUACCUUGGAUGUAGCAGCUGGGGCCCCAGCAGCAUCGCUCAACGCUGCGCCGCCGCCGCAGCUCGCGACAGCAGCCGCAAGCUCCACCACUGCAGGUGCUGGUCCCGCCGUGGCCAUGCCGGCACAGACUAUGUCGCUUCAGGAGAUGCGUGAGCAGCUGCGUCGCCAGCAGCAACAUCAGGCGCAACAGCAGCAACAACUGGCGCAACAGCAGCAACAACUGGCGCAACAGCAGCAACAACAGCAAAUUGCCCAUCAGCAGCAGCAACAGCAGCAGGUGGCGUAUGCUGACAACACGGGCGUCAGUGAGCCAGCGCCGGCGGCAAACGGGGGGCAUGUGGAGCUGGCGGGGCCUGAGGCCGGUCAUGCGGACGGAGACAUGCCGUCCCCUCGCGGUCCGGCGCAAACAUCCUGGGGAGGAGCUGGGGGAGCUGGGGGCGGGCCAGCAGUCAUGGGAGCCGCAGCAGCGACACCGGCUGCCAGUACUGCAUCUAUGGCCGUCGGCGGGGCGCGGCGUGUGCCCAUGCCCGGUUCGGCCGAGGCUGCGCGGGCAUUCACCAUGCUGAAUGCCCGGACUAGCGUAGACAAGUACGGGCACCAGGCAAACAUCUCAGCGCCGUUCAGCGCGUCCAAAGUGCCAGUGAAACUGCCGGAGCAGGAGCGCGUGACGAGGCUGCAGCAGCUGUAUGAGCGGACAUCGCAGUGGCGCCGGCGCUGCGAGGAGCGGUAUGCCAAGAUCAAGCAUGACCUGGAGAGCUCGGCCCUGGAGGGAUGCACCUUCUCCCCGCAGAUCUGCACCGCCUCCAACCUCAUCAUGCAGGGAAAGCCGCCGGCGGAGGUGUACCAUGAGCUGUCCAAGUGGGCAACGCCAACCAAGCACCAACAGAAGCCGAUGGGCGCCCAUGACCGGCCGUACAUGGCGGGCGCGUCCACCGCGGCGUCGUCGGCGUAUUCAACGCCGGCGCGCGGCACGGCCCCAGCCAAGGCCCGCAACGUGUCAGCCAACAACACUCCCGCAGGAUUCCGGCAGUCUAGGGCCACCGGCAGCAGUGGCGGCGGCGCGGCAGCGCAGGACAGCGCGCGCGGUGGCGGCGUGUCGUCCUCCAGUCCCACGCCCAGCAAGGUGGUUGUGAACGGCCCGGAGGUUGGGAUGCGCAUGUACAACCGCGCGACGGAGCAGCGCCUGCGCCAGGAGGAGCGGGUGCUGCGGCAGAUGUUGGAGGAAGAGCAGCAGCGGUGCUUCACGGCGUCGCUGCAGGGUGUGAAGCCGCGCGUGUACAACCCGCCUGAGCCGCCCUCAUCUCGAUUCCUGCCGACGGGCAUGGAGGAGUGCACGUUCCACCCAAAGACCCGUUACCGCGUACACUCCAGCCGGCCGGGCGAGGAGGGUGACCCCGCAAUGCAGCAGCGCUUUGACGGCCCCGGCCAGCACUUUCCCCCGAGCGCACGCAAGCUCGACACCACCACGCGUAGCCACCGCCACGACGUCAAUUCCUCCACCGCCUCCCUCCGCAGCUCCUCCCCCGGGCAAUCGACCUCGCGGCCAAAGUCGGCCCCGCACGCGCGGCUCGGCACCAGCUCUUCGGGGCAGCGUGCGGCGCCGCCGGGACGCAACGACGCCAGCUCCACCAGCCGCAGCCAGGCGUUCAGCAACAUGAGCACCAUGGGCGGUAGCGUGCACAGCACCGUUAGCAUCCGGCCAGACCUUGACUGGGGCGAGUUCCUGGCGCGGCAGGAGCGCUUCCUUGCAGACCGCGAGCACAAGCUGGCGCUGCUGGAGCAGGAGGAUGCCUUGGUGCCCCAUAUGUCGCCCGGCAGCCGGAGGCUGCUCAAGGAGAAGGAGAUUCGGGACAGCGUGGCGCGUGAGGAGGGGCACGAGGAGGCGGGUGUGGCGGCCCAGCCGUCCUCGAACACGGCUGGCUCUCCAGGGCGGCUGGAGCGCAAGAUGCAGACCAUUAUGGAGAUGUACCGCGAGUGCACCUUCCAGCCUCAGAUCACGCGAAAGGCAGCGGCCAUGCCGAACCGCAGUGUGGAUGAGAUGAUGGACGGCGGGCGCAGCCGGCGUGACGAGUGGUUAGAGCAGCAGCGGGCGGUGCAGCAGAUGCGCGAGCUUGAGGGCGCCACCUUCAAGCCGCAAACUAACACCAAGAAUAACUACGCGCACGUGCGCCCGCGCAUCAACAUGCGCAACCCCGAUGCCUACCUGGCGCACGUGGACAUAAAGCGGCGGCAGCGUGAGGAGCUUCGGCACGAGCUGGAGCGCGAGCGCGAGGCGCUUGAGCUGCAGCACUGCACCUUCAAGCCGCAGGUCACGCCGCUGCCACCCUACCUCAUCCGCCGGCUGCAGGAGCAGCAGUUGCAGCAGCUGCAGCAGCUCCAGGAGAUGCAGGAGAUGCAGGAGCUGGCCAUGAUGGACAUGCAGGAGCAGGCGGACGAGGCCGCAUGGGGCCAGGCGGACGCGGCACAGGGCUUCGCGGCCGACAGCGGCGGCAUGCAGCACCAGGGCGAGGGGGCGGAGGAGGCGGAGGGCGUGGGUGCUGACGGCGGCUACAGCCAGGCGGUCGCGGGGUACGACCCCUACCUGUACGGUGACCUGCCCGCGGCCAGGGAGCCCAACUACGCGGGCAUGGGCGAGGACCCGGGCAUCUCGGAACUGGACCCGGAGUAUCAGGCCGCGUACCAGCGUGCUCUCGCUUUCGCCAUGAACCAAGGACAGUAAAAGAAUGGGGGAAGCAUCCACUUGUGCCACCCUUAAGCACUGCGAGUAGGAUUGAAGGGACGAGAGUCUACGCAUGGACGCCGGGGGUGGUUGUCGUGUGUAUCAGAGUUUGCGGUUCGAAUCCAUGUGUGCACAGCUCAGCGCACUGCAAUCAAGCGUUGGGAUGACAAUUAUAUGGACUUGACGUGCUUGGGGCAGUGGAGUAAGGCGUUCUAUGCGCGUGUCAUGUACCGUAGUGCCAUUUACUUGACUCUGCAAUCUGGUGGUGAUGAUGGAAUCAAUGGUGUAUGCUCCAGCAGCGCGCGAAGUGCAAGAGCCUCCCCAGUGCACGAGGUUUUUAGGGUGUGCAAGGCGCCAUUCUCAGUACGACCAGUGUGAUGUAUCGGGUUCUCGUCCUUGAUCUCAACAGCUGUAUAUAUCACCCACGCCAAGUCACCAACGGACUGACCCGCCUUCUCAAAGGCCGUCUCACUUGCCUGUUGCCAAAGCCUUCUAGCCCGUCCUCUG